AGAAACAGAAGGCCGAAUGUUAUCCCAGUGCCUCACAGUCACACCUCAAUUUUCAACACGCGCGCACACACAUACCUACUUUCCAUGGCGGACCAAACCACCCCUAGCGCCACCGUCUCCGCAAACUCAGCGCCGCCGUGUCCACUCCCACUGAUCCCGAACCUCCCAGACGACAUUUCACUUCAAAUUCUUGCUAGAGUACCCCGCUUCCACCACCCCUUCCUGUCUCUUGUUUCAAAGACGUGGCGCUACACUGUAAAUUCCCCCGAGUUCUUCCACACUCGAUCCCUCCUCCGCACAGCCCAAUCCUCUCUCUACCUUAGUCUCCGAAUCGACUCUUCUUUCCACUGGUACGCCGAACAAAAUCCACAAAACUCUAAACGUCCCCUAAUUGUCCUCCCCUCUAUCCCCCAGCACCCAGUCGGGUCUUCAAUCUUGGCCCUUGGCCCGAAAAUCUACGUCAUCGGUGGCUCGAAUAAUGAUAUUCCGUCAAAUAAUGUGUGGGUAUUUGAUUGUAGGUUUAAUAAGUGGGAAAUGGGGCCUAAAAUGAGGGUAGCUAGGGAAUUUUCUGCAGCAGGGGAAUGUGAUGGCAAGAUAUAUGUAAUUGGUGGAUGUAAUGUGGAUAAUUGGACCCGUUCGAUUAACUGGGCUGAGGUUUUGGACCCGAAGACUGGGGUGUGGGCUGCGAUUCCGAGUGCAAUUGAGCUGAGGGACAAAUGGAUGCAUGCGAGCGCGAUGAUUGGGAGUAAGUUUUAUGCAAUGGCAGAUAGGGGUGGGGUGGUUUACGAUGUUGGAUGUGGGCAGUGGGGGAGUGUGCCUAAGAGGUUGGAUUUGGGGUGGAGGGGUCGGGCUGCGGUGGUGGACAAAGUGUUGUAUUGUUAUGAUUACUUGGGGAAGAUUCGGGGUUAUGAUGUGGGGGAGGAUGUGUGGAAGGAGUUGAGAGGGGUGGAUAAAGGGUUGCCGAAGUUUUUGUGUAGCUCGACAAUGGUGAAUUUGGAUGGGAAGUUGUGUGUGGUGUGGGAAGGGAAAGGAAAUGGGAAGGAGGUGGACAUUAUGUGUGCCGAGAUUGAGGUCAAAAGGGAUGUGGAUGGAGGGUUGAGCGGGACCAUUUUGAGGUUGGAUGUAAUUUUGGUGGUUCCUAAAGGGGCAUCAAUUUCACAUUGUUUGGCAGUUGAAUUUUGAUGUGUUGGUGCAGUUCUGAGGGACAGAUACCAGGAGAAUACAAUCAUAUGCCUUACAAGAACACUCCUGGAGUUGUAAGGUUGCUGAAGUCCAAGCUGCAGAACCGGGUUAGGAAUGACAAUCCAGCAAUACACCAUAUACCAUUCACUCUCUCUUCCUCUACAUGCAUCAUUCAACUGAAUGCCAUCAUAAAAAUGGGCUUGCAUUAUUGAAAGAUGCUUAUACUAUGCAGUCAGAUUGCUCCAUUUGAAUGAAUAAUUAUAGAAUGUUGUAAUUGCAGUAUUAAGAUUCUUGUAGAUGAGUAAACAGCUAGGCUUGACAACUGUUGAUUUAUCUUUUUAGUUGGUCCUGAUCCACUGGCUUCUAUAUUUCUGUUUCCUGCUUGUGGUGAUGAGUAUUCUACCAAGAAUAUUCACAAUGAACCUUCAAUUGUAUCCUUGUGCUUGUGCAUAAAAAUGGAAUUCAAUAAGACACCUUGGUUGAGAUAGUCUUACCGACCCAU